GUUUUACCUAGACGCUUUGACAACCAUUACGUGGUAAAAUAUGGCACAUUAUUGCGAAGAUUAUUUUCAGCUUGUUUUAACGUUCUACCACUUCACCGGCCUUAAAAAAUCCAGCAACUCACUUUCUCGAGUUAUUUCGUUAUAUAUUUUGUAUCCACUAUUACUUACGGUGUUUGUGAUGGCAAUCAUUAAUUUUCGGUACAAUUACCACAGCGUAAGUGGAAUUGUUGAAGUUUUCAUGUCAGCUACAAGUUUUGGAUAUAUGGUCCUAUUUAAAACAUUGCUCAUAAUAUUUAAACCCAUAUUUGAAGAUCUCAUCAGCCAACGCACUUCGUUUUGGAAAUAUCAUUUACUAGGUACACUCACUGAGAAAAAAUGCCAUAAAAGAAUGUCGCUUUCUCUAUCCAUCAUAAAAUUUUUAUUAGUUUCUGAAAUCUUUUCAAUAAGUGUACAUUCAGCUGCCCCUCUUUUUAUGGAAAAACUGGAUCUGCCGCAUCCCUGUUGGAUUCCAGGGAAUAAUAAUAAAAUAAGAAUCGUCGUUUAUGUCCUGCAAGUCACGUUCUACGUGGAAGUCGUUUUUUUGCUAAUUGUGGUUAUUGGUUUCUUUUUGAUGAUGUGUACUGAGCUUAAGAUACAGUUUGAAUUGUUGUGUCGGAUGGUGUCUUCGAUCAAUAUCGAAGAAACAGGAGAGAAAUUGUGCUGGCAACAACUUAAACACUGUUAUAAGUAUCACUACUUUUUGUUGCGGAUGCACGACAAGUUAAAUACUAUUUUUUCUGGAUAUUUCGUUUGUGCGUAUUUUUUGACAAUAGGAGGAACUUGUCUGCCUCUCUUCGUCAUGUUUGAUCCAAGUUCAAGCUUUGGUCAAAUUGCCGAGGGGGUAUUUUUCAUCACAAUAACAAACGCUAUGUUUACUUUGAGUGCACGUUUAGCUGAUGAAAUUUAUUCUGUUGAUUGGUACAAUGCAAAUUUAAAAAUAUUAAAAUUUGUUCUUUUCUGGAUGGCUCAAGCACAAAUUCCUGUACAAAUGUCAGGAGCUGGGGUUUUUCAAGUAAACCGAACUUUAUUGCUACGGGUUCAACGUCUUGGAUAUUCAAUUUCAACUUUAAUGACAGGAUUAAAAUAA